UCCAAAAAUUAUAAUAUAUUUACGGACAACAUUCAGGUAUUUGAAGCUGUUCUUUCAGAAACACUGUGAAGAGGAUCUGCUGAAAACACAAUGCUGCGUUCCGCCAUUUCGAUCAGCUCUCGUGGCCAGCUGCCGGCAUUUCUGAUGUCCUCCAAGGGCGUUGCGCAGAGCAAGUUACUCCAUUCGUAUUCGUACUCGCGACCUGUUGUGGUGCGCUUUGCCAGCAACGAUAAUAAAAUCCAGGGUUCGAGCGGCAUCAUUGGCAACAUCGCCUCAUCGAAGAGCAUUGGCAGUGAUCCUUCAUCUUGUGCGCAGUCGCAGACUACAGUUUUAGGCAGUGAUUCUGACGUCGACAAGCUGGCUAAGAAAAAUUCCGCCAAGUUGGAUACAGCCGAUGAUUCAGUUGAUAGGCCAAAACUAAACUCGAUGAAGAGAGAGUCGGGCAAAAAAUCAGGACCCGAUAGCAAAACUGAGUCGGAUAAACAUUUAGACGACACCAUGAAGCAGCUGCAGGCGGUGGCUGCCAGUCUGCCCAGCAAAGAUCAGGUGGAGAAGUUCGUAUUUCGCAUUGUGGCCUUCAUCUAUGACAUCGUCUACUUGACCGGCAAUUGGACAAUACGCUUUGUCAACGAGAAUAUACUCCAGAACGCCACCGUCAAGCACUACUGGAAGGUGUUCCACGACAAAAUGGAAAAGGCCAAGAAGGACUAGGCACAAGCAACUCAUGAGUAAUAUUAAUGCACGAAUGCGUAGCAUUUCCAGAUAUAACAAACAAAGCAAAUAAAUCUUAAAUUUCAAGAUACACAUUUA